AUCCCAAGCUCUCUCUCUCUCUCUCUGUGAAUAGGGAAUUAGGCAUAUAUCUCCCAAUCAAAAGGAGGGGGAAAAAACACCAGAAAACGAACUUCAAUCCGAUACCAGUUGUUUUCCUCCACUGCUUCUCUCUCCAUAUCUCCUCCGCCCUAACCCUAUGGUACGCCCAAUGCCACUCCCACUGACACGCCCACAACCCCAUCUCUCUCUCUCUCUCUCGGCGAGUUAGCUCUUCAUUCGCAUCGAAUUUUCGAAAUAUUGAGUGAAUUGAUGCGUCAUAGUUGCUUGGAGGCCACCCUGCAGUAUGGCAUCCUUCAACCUCUCCAUUUCUGUCGAUGCUUGUGAAUCAAGGAAGUUAAAUUUCUCAGUAUACCCUGGACAACCUUUCGAUCGAUGUUCGGUUACUUCGGUUGCUGGUUAUUCUCAUCCAUUCGGACCCCCAGCCAUCCCCUCGUUCAGCAAGCUAAGGCACAUUAAAGUUUCUCGAUCGGACGCCGAGUUUUCGGAUGCUUCCGAAUCCAUUCUGGUUCACGAUACGUCUGAAUCACCGAAGAAUGAUUUAGUUGGUGACACUGUGAUUGCAAAAAACCCUAAUUUUGGUCAUGGUGUUUUGAGAGCUGGGAAAAGUUCACGGAAUAGGUCUCGAAUGGAAAAGAAGGUAAUUAGAAGAGAAAAGGGGUCAAUAUUUAGUUCACAUGACCUCUCAUUUGUGUUUGAUAAAGAGGUGGAUGUUGAUCUGUCUUGCACUAGACGUGACUUUAGCAUUGAGCAAUGCAAUGACAUUUUAAAGCGGCUGGAGACGUGUAGUGAUAUCAAGACUUUGAGGUUUUUCGCGUGGAUGAGAAGUAAUGGGAAGUUGAUGCAGAAUGUGACUGCUUAUAAUUUCCUUCUCCGGGUGUUGAGCCGGAGAGAUGAUUGGGAUGCAGCUGAGAAGACGAUUCAGGAGAUGAGCGUUGAGUCAGCUUGUGAACUUAAUUUUCAGGUUUUUAAUACACUUAUUUAUGCAUGUUAUAAGCGGGGGCGUGUGCAGUUGGGUGCAAAGUGGUUUCGUUUGAUGCUGGAUUAUAGAGUUCGGCCUAAUGUUGCUACUUUUGGUAUGCUCAUGAGUCUUUAUCAGAAGGGUUGGAAUAUUAAGGAGGCAGAGUUUGCUUUCUCCCAAAUGAGGGACUUUGGAGUUCGAUGUGAAUCAGCAUAUUCGUCUAUGAUCACAAUCUAUACCCGUAUGGGUUUUUAUGGCAAAGCUGAAGAGGUCAUUGAAUUCUUGAAAAAAGAUGGAGUGACACUGAAUUUAAAGAAUUGGCUAGUUUUGCUUAAUGCCUACGGUCAGCAAGGCAAGUUAGGGGAUGCUGAGCUCGUUUUGGCCUCAAUGUAAAAAGCAGGAUUUUCCCCAAAUAUAGUUGCAUACAACACAUUGAUUACUGGAUAUGCAAAGGCAUCCAAUAUGGAACAGUGGCUCUUCUGUAACCUUCAAAAUGUUGGUUUAGAGCCUGAUGAAACUACUUACAGAAUAAUGAUUGAGGGUUGGGGUCGAGCUAACAAUUAUGAGGAGGCAAAGUGGUACUACAAGGAACUCAAGCGUUUAGGGUUCAAGCCUAAUUCAUCCAACUCAUACACGCUGAUAAACUUACAAGCCAAGCAUGGGGACGAAGAAGGUGCUUUACAAACUAUUGAUGAUAUGACGAGAAUGGGUUGCCAAUAUUCCUCCAUUCUUGGUUGCCUUUUACAAGCAUAUGAAAGGACAGGAAGGGUUGGCAGUGUGCCUUCCAUUUUAAGAGGUUCCUUCUACGAACAUGUUCUUGUUAACCAAACAUCAUGCUCGAUUCUGCUUAUGGCAUAUGUUAAGCACUUGUUGGUGGAUGAUGCUAUUGAUGUUUUAAGGGACAAAAAAUGGAAGGAUGCAGGUUUUGAGGAUAAUCUGUACCAUUUGUUAAUAUGUUCAUGUAAGGAGUUGAGUCAUUUUGAGAAUGCUAUUAAGAUAUACACACAUAUGCCCAAACGAGAGAAACCAAACAUGCACAUCAUGUGCACGAUGAUUGACAUCUAUGGUCUCAUGGGUCGAUUUGCUGAGGCCGAGAAUAUAUACAUGGAAAUGAAAUCGUCAGGUGUUUCAUUGGACAUGGUUGCCUUCAGCAUUGUUGUAAGAAUGUAUGUCAAAGCUGGAUUCCUAAAAGACGCUUGUGUUGUUAUAGACAGAAUGGAAAAGGAGAAGAGCAUUGUUCCUGACAUCUAUUUGAUUCGUGAUAUGCUUCGUAUUUAUCAAAAAUGUGGUAAGCUAGAUAAACUGGCAGAACUGUACUAUAAAAUUUUGAAGAGUGAAGUUGCUUGGGAUCAAGAAAUGUACAACUGUGUCAUAAAUUGUUGUGCUCGUGCUUUACCAGUUGAUGAGCUUUCCAGGCUCUUAAACGAGAUGCUUCAACGUGGAUUUGUGCCUAAUACAACUGCAUAUAAUGUUAUUCUUGAUGUUUAUGGAAAAUCUAGGCUUCUCAAAAAGGCUAAGAAGGUAUUUUGGAUGGCAAGGAAACAAGGCUUGGUUAAUGUGAUCUCUUACAAUACUGUGAUAGCUGCAUAUGGACGGAGCAAAGACUUUAAGAGCAUGUCAUCAACUGUUCAACUAAUGGAAUUCCAUGGCUUUUCAGUUUCCCUUGAAGCCUAUAAUUGCAUGUUGGAUGCCUAUGGAAAAGAAAGCCAAAUAGAGAGAUUCAAAAGUGUAUUGCAGAGGAUGAAGGAAUCAAGGUGUGCUUCUGACCACUAUACUUACAACAUUAUGAUCAAUAUUUAUGGCGAGCAAGGAUGGAUUGAAGAAGUUGCAGGAGUCCUAACAGAAUUAAAAGAAUCUGGACUUGGACCUGAUUUGUAUAGCUAUAAUACAUUGAUUAAGGCAUAUGGAAUUGCAAGAAUGGUUGAAGAAGCUUGGCAUUUGGUCCAAGGAAUGAGGACGUGUGGAUAGAACCCUGAUAGGAUCCUACAUAAUCUGUGCUUUGCUCUGCGAAAGAAUGAUGAGUUUUUAGAGGCUGUCAAAUGGUCUUUAUGGCUGAAGCAGAUUGGGCUGUGCAGUGGCUAAUCUUUUCAGUAUUCCCUCCACCCCCUCCAAGUGUGCUCACCCCCUCAUCACACCAAAAAGCAGAUUGUGUUUCAGUUGUUAGUUACACAUCUGAAUAUUUUUCUGCCCUUGGUAAGAUAUUUAUUUUUAAGUAUCUAAUGCAGCUGAAUGUUUUCUAUUGCAAUCAUUACUGCCUCAUGUGAUUUAAUCUCAUGAAAAAACCCUAGAAGUAACUUAAAUGCUCUAUGGGCAUUUUGUUUUGCU